AUGUUUUUAUCCAUCAGAAGUGUCGUCAAGGGCACACGACCACAUUGCGAGCAGUAUAUCCCUGGCCCGACGAAUCAUCCACAAGAAGUCCUAUCUGGCUACAGCCCACCUUAGCCCAUGACGAGGUUGCCAUCUGGUUGUUGUUUAAAUUUGGUUCAAGACCCAUUUGAAGUUUUCAAAAUUGAAAUGGGUGUUCGAUCUCGGCUCUUGUAGUAAGAUUGAAACUUUUCCCAAAAUGGGUGUUGAAAUUUCACUCCCCCUAUAACAAAGCUAUACAGAUAUUUUUCCAGUUUUCACUUUGAUGGUAAUUUGAAUGUAUUGACAUGAGAAAUCAAGUUUAUGAUUGAAUGGUUCGAUCACAAUCAUCACAUGGUCCGUCUUGAUUUGAGAAAUGCAAUUUAUGAUUGUAAGCUUUUCAUUAUGUGGUCUUGUAUUUGAAGCAUGUUUUAAUCAAGGAUAUAAACAAGAGGAUGUGAAGGACUAAUAAGGCCCGCAAACAGCUGGAGAAUUUAUUCUCAUCUUCUAUUGUUGGAAAUCUAUCGGCAAUUCCAUCCGCAUUCACUAUCGAUAGUCCAACUGUCUAACAGCCUAAGAGAUUUAUAACCCCCCUCUUCUAGUUUCUUCAACUCAUUACGCAUUUUGCUCUCUUCUCACUGGAAAAAAAAAAAAAAAAAAAUUUCUGCUCUCUUUCUCAACUCGACUCUCUUGAGUAGAAAUCCAUGGCUGAAUUUCUUACUUUUGCUGCCCAGGAAAUGCUGAUCAAAGUGGCUUCACUUGCUGCUCAACAGUUCAGUCUUGUAUUGGGUUUUCAUGGUGAACUAACGAAGAUGAGUGAGUCGCUGAAAAUGCUUGAAGCUGUGCUACGAGAUGCUGAAAAUCCGCGACAAGAUCAGGGCGAGGCUGUGAAGCUCUGGUUGGAGAAGCUUGAAGACAUAGCUCAUCAUGCCGAUGACGUGCUGGAUGACUAUGGAUAUGAGCUUCUUCGACGUAAGGUGGAACUGCGAAACCAAAUGAAGAAAAAGGUGCUAAACUUUUUUUCCCUCUCCAAUCCCAUCCUUUUUCGUCUUAAAAUGGCACAUAAAAUUAAGAAGAUCAACACAUCUCUGGAUGAUCUGAGAAAAGAUGCAAGUGGUUUGGGGUUUAUUGCUAGGCGUCCCUUAGCGGCAACAAGCUUCUAUGAUGGAAGAAUCUAUAGGGAAACCUACUCUGACUUCAAAAAAGAUGAAAACAAUAUCAUUGGAAGGAAAGAUGUUGUGGAAGAUAUAGUGAAAGCCUUGACCAACUCAAACAACAAUCAGAAAAAUGAUCUUUCAGUUCUAGCCAUCGUGGGUAUGGGGGGACUUGGGAAGACCACUUUGGCUAAAUCUGUAUAUCAUGGUAAGAUUGAUCAACACUUUCAAGAAAAGAUGUGGGUGUGUGUGUCUACCCCUUUUGAAGUCGACUCGAUUUUAAGGAGGAUCUUGGAGUGUCUUAAGCCUGAACAUGCUGCAGUGCAAGCUAUAGAUGCAAUAUGUAGAAUCCUCAAAAAGGAGUUGAAAGAGAAAAGGUAUCUUCUUGUGCUUGAUGAUGUUUGGAACGAAGAUGCUCAAAAAUGGGAAGAAUUGAUCAGUUGUUUGGUAAACGUCAAUGAUACCCAAGGAAGUAGCAUCCUUGUCACUACCCGUAGCGAUAAAGUUGCAAAAAUGGUGGAGACCCUUCCUAGGUGUGAUUUAGAAAAACUAUCAGAUGAUGAAUGUUGGCUCAUAUUGAAAGACAGAGCAAUUCCAGUUGGGAGUGCUCCUAUAGUUGAAGAUCAAGAGAAAAUUGGAAGAGAGAUUGCUAAAAAGUGUGGAGGUGUACCAUUAGUAGCAAAGGUGUUGGGAAAUAUGAUGCGCUCUAAAAAGUGUGAUGAAUGGCAAUCAAUUGUGGAAAGUGGUAUAUGGAAUUUACCAGAGGAAGAAAAUAGAAUAUUGGCGAUCUUGAAAUUGAGUUUUGAUGAAUUGAAAUUUCCAUCAUUGAAACAAUGUUUUGCAUACUGCUCCAUGUUCAUCAAAGAUUUUGAAUUUGAAAAGGACGACUUGAUCCAACAUUGGAUGGCUCAAGGAUGGCUUCACCCUUCUCCUAACCAAGAUAAUCUAGAGAUGGAGGAUACAGGUAAUGAAUAUUUUAAUAUUCUAUUACAAAACUCAUUUUUUCAAGAUGUGAAAAGGGACUCCUUUGGUAAUAUAGCCUAUUGUAAGAUGCAUGAUCUUGUUCAUGAUCUUGCUGAACGUGUUUCAAAGUCGAAGUACUUGCGCUCAUUAUUUUCAAAUGGAGUAGUCCUUGACAACAACUCACCCGGAUUUAAAGCUUUACGUGUUUUAAAUUUAUACAAGGCAGACAUUCAGGAGCUGCCAGAUUCAAUUGGAAAGUUGAAACACUUGAGGUAUCUGAAUGUCAUGAAAACAAAAAUAAGAGCUUUUCCAAAAUCUUUGGGACAACUUUAUAACCUUCAGACAUUUAAAAUGCCUCAUCUCCUAGAAGAGUUCCCAAAGGAAAUUGCAAAUUUGAUCAACUUGAGACAUGUUUAUUUUGAUAAACAUGUAAAAGUUCCAGCUGGGGUGUUAGGAAGAUUGACUAAUCUCCGAUCAUUACCUUUUGUAAAGAUGGGUAAGGAGACUGGUACUCUUAUCGGGGAAUUAGGUGGCUUAAACCAUCUGAAAGGUACCGUAUCUUUUUAUAAUCUGGAACAUGUAAGAGAUAAAGAAGAAGCAGAGAAGGCAUAUUUAGUGGAGAAGAAACAUCUACGCAAGUUAUUCUUUAGAUGGACGCCUGGUAGACCAAGCAACAGUGCUGACAGUGACGAAGUUGUACUUGAAGUCCUGCGGCCACAUUCUAAUCUGGAAUUUUUGGAGAUUCAUGGCUUCAUGGGUGUGAAAUUGCCAUCAUGGAUACUAUCCACCAACUUAAAAGAGAUUGAAUUAGAGGGAUGCAACAAAUGCGAAGAAGUCCCAGCACUUGGUCAGCUGCCCAAUCUUGUACAUGUGAAGAUGAAAACCAUGGAGAAUCUGAAGUGUUUGGGAUAUGAGUUUUAUGGUUAUGAUCACGAAUCUGAUGAUACAAAGGUUUUGUUUCGUGCAUUGAAAACAUUAUAUAUUCAGGAGGUGAGAAGCCUAAUUGAAUGGAUGGAAGUGCCAACAGGAAGAGUGACGGUGUUUCCUUGCCUGAAGGAGUUGGCCCUGAAAGGUUGCGACCAACUGAGAAGUGCUCCCAGUCAUUUUCCAUGUCUGAAAAAGUUGGUGAUUAAAGGCAUGAAUAGCGGAGGCAGUCCAAUAGCAAGUAUUCUAAGCAAUAAACUGACCACUCUCACUUCUCUCAAGAUUCGCAAUGUGAGGGGACUUGCCUGUCUGCCAGGAAGGUUGUUAGAAAACAACCAGAAUCUUUCAUGUAUGCUGAUAGAUGAUUGUGAGGAGUUUACUUGUAUUGCUCCUCCCCAAUCACAAGGGUUUGAGUACUGCUGCGCGUCUCUUCAGGAACUGACAAUUAGGGGGUGUCCUAAGCUGAGGUGUUUACCUGAUUAUGGGCUCUCUCUUGAGAAGUUGGAGAUAAUAAAUUGCUCCAGUCUAGAGUCCAUCCCUAUCAUCCCUGAGCACGGUGGUCUCCCAUCUCUACGCGAAUUGCGGAUCCUAGCAUGUCCUGAGUUAUCCAGUCUACCUGAUGGGCUCCAAUACUGCACAUCUCUUCAAAUUUUGCUAAUACGGAGCUGCCCAAAGAUAACGUCCAUUCCAAUUCCAUCUGAGGGCCUCCCAUCCCUUGAUUGGCUGUCUCUUUCGGAGUGUCCUGAAUUAGCAAGCCUACCGAGUGGACUAGGCUGCUGCACCUCUCUUGUUACUUUGGUGGUAGCAACGUGCCCUAAGCUAACAUCCAUUCCAAUUUGCGGCUUCACAUCCCUCCGACUCUUGUAUGUAAGUAAUCUAGAGUCUCUUCCAGGUUUACACGGCGGCUUCACAUCCCUCCGUCGAUUGGGAAUCUAUGGAUGUCAAGGUACACAAAUUGAUCUGCAAUUUUGUGCCUCUCUUGAGGGGUUGGGCAUAUCAGACUGUCCAAAUCUAGAGACUGUUCGAAGUUUAGACAAGCUCACAUCCCUCCGUGAGUUGAGGAUUACUGAUUGUUCCCGAUUGACAUGUCUACCCAGUGGGUUAGCAAUGGCAUCCCCACACGUAUUCACCCGUCUCAAGUACUUGACACUUGGUCCGUUUUGGAAUGAGCUGGAUUAUGAUUUUCAGGUUCUACCACAACUUGAAGAAUUAAGUAUCUACGGGUGGCCGAAGCUCAAGUCUCUGCCUGAACAAACUCAACACUUGACGUCUUUGACCACAUUGUGGAUAAGUGACUUUGAGGGAUUGGAGGCUAUUCCAGAAUGGUUGGGAAACCUUGCAUCUCUUCAAUUCUUAAGAAUUAAGAAUUGCAAGAAUCUGGUGUAUCUACCUUCCGUCCAAGCUAUGCACCGCCUCACCAAAUUAGAUCGGAUACGGAUCGACAAUUGUCCCCUUUUGAGCGAAAGAUGCAGAGAGGAGAGCGGCCUUGAGUGGCAUAAGAUUUCUCAUAUUCCAGACAUCAGUGGAGCAUCUACAAUUUGAUAUCAUCUCUCUAUCAGCAUUGCAGGAUUGGGUCCUAAGCGAAAUUGGAAAAAGGUGGUUUGAUGCUCUUGUGUUGUUGUUGAAAGUCUCCAAUUGCUACAGAUAUGUGUUGACAAGGUUCAAUUCGAUCGGGUCAUAACUCACAAGUAGAAUUCACCGAUCGCUUGAAGUUCCUCAUGAUGAAAGGAAGUGGUAAAAGCAAAGCAUGUAUCGGCCAUGAUAGAUUCAGUAAUGGCAGUUUGAGGGACUGUGAUGGGCACAAAUUAUUCGGAUAUCCAAAUUUUCAAAGGACUUCAUGACUCUCCCUUACUGCCAAGCCAAGCCAAGCUGAACAACGGGCCUUUCAGGGAAAGAACCUUUCAGUUUGUGUCUCCAAACUGUUGAAUGGAGGACUCUUGAAGGUCUGCCCAAGUUUUUUGUUCCUGUCUCCAUCAAUACCCAAGACUCAAGACAGCAUUGAAUAUGUGCAUGAACUGGUCCUUAUCUCCAAACAAGAGAAGUUGCAGAUGUUUUUGCAAAUAUUAAGGGGCAUACUUUGUUGGUCGGUUUUUAGGAGCUUUUAUUCAAUAGGGAAACAACAGUUGUGUGAUAGGCCCAAACAGAGUCCAGGUGAAGAAGGUGGUUGCUUUUCUGUUGCUGUGAAGGUAAUAAAAUAAAAGGCACUCCAGUUGAUACAGGAAUAUGUGCAGUUUACCAGUACAUUCUUGAGACCAUUUUGACUUUGAAUUGGAGGUCUCGUUUUCAUCUGAAGGUGGACGUGUUGAGUUCAAACAGAAGGCUGACGUAGGUUGCUGCAUUUCAAAAUAAGAAGUGGAUAUCGGUCAUGAGAUAUUCAGUUAUGGUGGUUUCAGUUGGUUGAUGGACACGAUUUCUUUGGAUAUCCUAAUUUUCAAAGGCACACUGCAAUUUCCUAAAAUAUUAUCUACAAUAUGGGGGCAUAUCCAGGACUGAUGAUUCUUCCUUACUGCCAAGCCAAGCUGAACAUCAAGUUCCCUUUCAGCAAAAUAAGCUUUCAGGCUGUGCCUCCAAACUGUUGGAUGUGGCAUAUUCAGCUCUCAAGUUUACUACUUUUUGCUGUCCAAAUUCUUGAUGGAUGUGAUGCUUAUGCUCUUUGUGCUACCCAUCAAGAAUAAGACCUGCCUGCAGGUAUGAGUCAAGUUGGAAUUGCUCGAAGUUUUGCAGUAAUAUGUGAGCAUCUACAAUUCAGUAUCAUCUCCCUAUCAGUGUUGCAGGAUUGGGUCCUAAGGGAAAUUGGAAAAGGGUGGUUUGAUGCCCUUGUAUGUUGUUGUUAAAAGUAAUAAGAGGCACUCCAAUUGCUGCAGGAAGUGGUUAAAGCAAAGCAUAUAUCGGCCAUGAUAGAUUCAGUAAUGGGCCUAAUGCCAGUUUGGGGGAUUUUGAUUAGCGCAAUUUAUUUGGAUAUCCUGAUUUUCAUAGGACCUGAUGACUCUUCCUUAGUGCCAAGCCAAGCAGUAAAACCUUUCAGUUACAAACUAGAGGUUACCAAAGAACCAUGCAUAACACUGAAUAGGGAGCCUCCAAACUGUUGAAUGGAGAACUUUUAAUGGCUUGCAGCUUGAAGGUCUGCCCAAAUUUUUUGUUUCUGUCUUUGUUAAGACUCAAGACUCAAGACAGCUUCAAAUAUGUACACAAACUGGCCCUUGUUAUUUUUCAGCAAGACUAUGAGACUAUAUUUUCACCAUUUUGGUACUGCAGACUUAUAAUGUGGAGCAUCUGACCAGUUUGUUGUACUAUAGAGCAACUUUUAUCAUUCUACAAGUGUUUUUUCUUGGAGAUUUCUCUAGCCCGUUGGAUUUUCCUAGUUUGUAGGAAGAUGACAUUUUGGAAAAGAAUCAAUGGAGUUAGCUUUUGGAGAGAUAUUGGAAGCAUGUGGUUGAAAACAGACUUAGAAGUUAACUGAGAGAGGUGGUUACCUGGACCGUUGAAGCUAUGUGACACACCGGGAAUAAGAGGUGCUUACGGGUGUACGUCAAUAAGGAUAUAGGCAUUGAAAAAGGGAACAUCUACAAUCAUUUUGUAAGUGAUGCAAUUGGAGGAGCAACUGUUAUGAAAUCAGAGUUAGCAUUGCAUGAUUGGUUCUUAGAGAAAGUGAAAAAGGUUGUUUCUUGCUCUUGUGUUGUUCUAAGAGUGUCACAAGGCACUGUCAUUGCUAGAGGAUGUGAAUAACAAAGAGUCAAAGAUUUUCAUUGGCAAGAAUAUUUUGGACAGGAGAUGCUCAUUCUUGGGAAAAUCUAGGAGUUGAUAACUCUUAUACGGGUUCAGGAAAAGAAGCUUUCAGUUUGUGACUGCAAAGUGUCAUCCAAAGUGGUGGUGUAAGAUUAUUUGGGCCAUCUUUUCUUUUCUCAGAAGAUCAUUGCUAGCUCGAAGGUGCUGCAUUGGAAAUUUUUAAUGGCAUGCAGAACAAAGCUAGUCUAUGGCAUUGUACACCAUUUCUCCUUUUGCUUGCAGAGUUGAGUAUUUGGCUCUACAAUCAAGUUUUGGCCAUCAAAUCUAAGAUCUUUUAUAAUAUGGAAUGGAACGAAAACGAGCUACAACAUCUGAGGGUAUAGGCUAGUAUUGAAAUGAAGUAUCGCGUAUGUGUUGCAAGCUAAUUGCUUGUAGUUUUUUGUUGAAGUAAGUUCUGCAGGGGCAUAAUUUGUAGGUCGGUUUUUAGGAGCUUUUAUUCAAUAGGAGAAACAAUGGUUGUGCAAUGGGAGCAAACAGAGUCCAGGUGCACAUGUUGGCUUCAAAUGGAAGGUUCAUGUGGUUUGGUGCAUCUUAGUACAAGUAGAUUAUGAUUGAACUUCAUCUUUUGACCUUCUCGACGUUUCCAAUACGAUAUUUAAAUGGUUCUGUGCUGAAAAUUAUAUCAAGGAUUGAUAGAACAGUGGAAUGUAUACAAGUUGGUGGAGUAUCUGUUAUUAAAUUAGCUAAUUAAGUAAUUGAAGUGGAUAUCGUUCAUGAAAUAUUCAGUUAUGGUGGUUUGAGAGAUUUGAUGGGCACAAUAUCUUUGGAUAUCCUAAUCAUCAAAGGCACUGUGCAAUUUGUUAGAUAUUAUCUGCUGUUGGGAAAAUUCAGGACUUGAUGAUUCUUCCUUAUGGCUAAGCCAAGCCUUAGCCGAACAUCAAGUUCCCUUUAAGCAAAAGGAGCUUUCAUUCUGAGCCUCCGAACUGUUGGAUGUGCGAUAUUCAGCUCAGCUCGCAAGUUUACUACUUUUUGCUGUUCAAAUUCUUGAUGGAUGUGAUGGUUAUGCUGUUGAUGAAUUCUUAUCUGAAGAGAGAAAACUGGAGUUUGAGAGGCGAUAAAAGAGCAAUGGAGUAAUUAAUAACAAAGCAGUAUAUAUACAGAACUCAGAAUAUAUGCAGAAGGCUUGAGUUCAUUCCUGCUGAUUUCUGUAGUCAUGUGCAGCUUCUAUUCUUGCAGUGAGUUGUCCAUUUGUGAGUUGUACCAGUACACAUAGAAGUGUCAUUUUUCUUCUUGAAUUUAGCUUGGUAUCAAACAUGAAAAAAGCAGUAUAUAUUU